ACGAUACCCAAUCUAAACUAAACCCCUCAAAAACCUAUUUCUGAACCAAUGGCUAUGUUAUCACCUCCUCUGCUUCUUCCUCUUCCUCCUCCCUUCUCGUCCCCCGGCCACCGUUUCGCUUCCUUCAAGCUCCCCAGAAAUUCCACCAAUGGACCUCUUCUCGGAGGACAGCUUGCAAAACGGCACGGUCUCGUGUUUGCCAAAGCUCCCUCCUAUCUCUACGCCACCAGAGAAGAGCUCGACACUGUCAAUAUCGCCGAGGACGUCACGCAGUUGAUCGGGAGCACACCCAUGGUAUACCUCAACAAAGUUUCCGAAGGUUGUGUGGCAAAUAUUGCAGCAAAGCUUGAAUCUAUGGAACCCUGCCGAAGUGUCAAGGAUAGAAUUGGCUGUAGCAUGAUAUUGAAUGCUGAGAAAAGUGGGUUAAUAUCUCCUGGGAAGACUGUAUUAGUUGAACCAACUAGUGGAAAUACAGGACUUGGUAUUGCUUUUGUUGCUGCAACUAAAGGAUAUAAACUUAUAGUCACCAUGCCUGCAUCCAUAAAUAUUGAAAGGAGGAUUCUUUUACGUGCAUUUGGGGCAGAGGUUGUUUUGACAGAUCCAGAAAAGGGUUUGAAAGGAGCGUUAGAUAAAGCUGGGGAAAUUGUUCUCAGCACGCCAAAUUCAUAUAUGCUUCAACAGUUUGAUAAUGCUGCGAAUGCAGAGAUCCAUUUCGAUGCUACCGGGCCAGAAAUAUGGGAGGAUACCAUGGGUAUUGUUGACAUAUUUGUUGCUGCUAUUGGAACUGGUGGCACUGUUACAGGCACUGGGCGUUACCUGAAAAUGAUGAACAAGGAGAUAAAGGUAGUAGGUGUGGAACCUGCAGAGAGGAGAGUAAUAUCUGGAGAAAAUCCAGGCUAUGUACCAAGCAUUUUGGACGUUAAUUUGCUCGAUGAGGUCAUCAAGGUUACCAACGAUGAAGCUGUUGAAAUGGCGAGGAGGCUAGCAUUGGAGGAAGGCUUACUGGUUGGUAUUUCAUCGGGUGCUGCUGCAGCUGCUGCAAUAAGUUUAGCAAGAAGACCUGAGAAUACUGGAAAACUUAUUGCGGUUAUGUUUCCAAGCUUUGGUGAGAGGUAUAUUCCCACUGUACUUUUCCAAUCAAUUUACGAAGAGGUUCAGAAGAUGAAGGGAAAAUAAUCAUAUUAUUCCAGACAAUAUAUCAUCGUAAAGAUUGAAUGCCAUACAAAUCGAGCAAAUAGAAAUCAACAUGUUUCCGAGAAGGUAAAUAGAUUUGACCUGUUACACAUGUGUCAUAUGAAUGCUGUUGUGAUUCGCUGUUGUGAUUCACUGAUGGCAGAUUACUCCAGGUUAGGUUUUAAAGGAAUGCAGAGAGUAGUUGAUCAAUGAAAAAUCAGAAAAAUUGAGGUUGGUUUUUAGAUAGGAUGUUUUGCCUCGUCUUGUCCAUUUACUUCUUUCAGAAGCGGUCUUAAUGUAUGUUUUGAUUCAUAUGUAGGAUGCAUAUUUUGAUUCGGAUAGAAAAUAUAUCUCGUUAUACAUUGAUCAAAACCAAAUUUAGAGAAAAACCUUGGGAUGUUA